GGAAGUGCCGCCGCGCAGGGCUGGGCGCUCCGCCGGGCGGCGAGGGAAGGUCAAAUGGCGGCGCUGCGGGGCGGGCUGCUCUCUUUGGGCGCCGCGGCCGGCAGACAACUUUUGCCUGUUCCCACAUUCAGUGCAACUGCAGUGAGAUUGGCAUCCAAAAAAACUGGAGGGAGCACCAAAAAUCGUGGAGGGAACAGAACUGGAAAAAGGCUCGGCUUCAAAAAAAUCGAUGGACAGUUUGUUCAUGCAGGCAACAUAUUGGCCACCCAGCGUGUGAUUCGAUGGCAUCCAGGGGCUCACGUGGGGAUGGGCUACAACAAAUGGCUGUACGCCCUUGAAGAUGGAAUUGUGAGGUUCACUAAAGAAGUCUACGUGCCACCUGCCCGUGGCAAGGAAAGCCGAGAAGUGAUCUGCCGGUUACCCAAAGGAGCUGUGCUGUAUAAAACAUUCAUCAAUGUUGUUCCUACCGAAGAAGUGGGAAGUUUUAAGUUGAUCACUAUGAUCUGAGAGCUGAAAGCUCAGAUCAAACUGAUCCCCAGGAUAGAUAGUUCUGAAUGACUUUUUGUUACCUGCGCAACUGGGAAUGAAGCAAUAUUUGGAGCAUCUACAGUAAUGGAUGGAGAUACACUCUGAACACACACUUCUGAUGUGCUGUUGAUGAAAUAAAGAUUGAUAAUAUUUCUUUUCCAAACGCAACAAUAGUACUGCUGCUCAUUUCGGAGGGCCCAUUUCAGGCUAGUCCUUUGUUCUUGGGGUGAAAGCAGAUGUUGGAAGUGAUGGAAGUAGGUUUCCAAUUAAGAGAGGCGAGUGUCCUUGGGUAUUCCCAGCAGAUUUCAUACAUCAGUAUGUUUACCUGCAGACACAUGAAAUUAUUUCUUCACAAUUUAUACACAGUUGUGUUACUUGUGCAUUAUUCCAACAUAUGCACACAAUAAACUUUUGCAGUGUUGCCUGCUAUGUACCAAACAGAUGUGCAACUGCUAAAGAUGCAGUCUAGCAGAAAGUUCCUUACCCAGUUUAUUCUUUAUCCAAUGUGUCAAGGCAUUGGUCAGUUUACACAGUGUUUUUAAACAGAAUAUAAUUUCUUUGGUGUUGGCUUAGUGCAUGGUAUCGAUCCAGCCAUUGUGGUUUGAAAACCAUAGAUUAUGGCUUAGCAUUACAUGUGAACCAGAACUCCAUGUCUUAGCCAGCACACCAUAGCCAAGAAAUUAUCCCUUAGAGCUAAGUAUAGUCUUGGUCACCCGUUAUAUAGUAUGUGACUAUUUGGGAAACCUUUUUAACACUACAUAAUUCAAACCUGAUUGUAACAAAAGGGGGAAGGGGGAAAAAAACUUCAAAUUUAAUUUACAAAGCAAAAAAUAAUUGCAAGAUCCACCCUGUUCUGAAGACAGAUGUACCCAAUGGUUAAUUUGGUGUUCGCUUAAUGUGUUAUGUAAAGACAGCCAUUAUCAUUUGUAAAUCAUGGCUUAGAUGACUUGAUUGCUUAGACUGAUUGUAAAUUUGACUUUUAUGGUACCUGUGUAGAACUUCUUUUCGGUCUCUAGAUAAUUUUUCUCUAAGGCUCAUUACUUUGAAAUUGCUUUACAGUGGUGUCUGGUCUUAUAGCUGUUCCAAAAAUCAUAUACAAUAAGAAUUAUAUACAACACUGCAAUUCAAGUCCCUUGAUACAUUUUUUUGACACUCUGAGCAACUGAAGUAGGGAAGCAGGUGACCUGGGAAGCGGGUCACAGCAUAGCAUAGGCAAUCAAGAUUAUAGACGUGAUGCGAUUCCACAGCAAGGUCGACGUUCCAACCUGUUUCUACCCAUGAAUUCUGAGAACUUUAUGCCUUUAUGCCUUAGGGUGACAACAUACACUUCUGGUGCACACGUGACAACCUCAGGCCUUGACCAUUAGCCACAUUUCCUGGGGCCUAUGGAGUUAGAGUUUAAACAUCUGAAGAGUGCAACAGUGCCUGUUCUUUUUCUAAGUCACAUUCACUACUUGGCCAGUCUUAACACUCUGCAUCUGAGGUGUUGACUCCCUGCUUCUUGGAUUGAAAAAAAAUAUCUGUAAAUGUAGGGCUUGUCCUUACUGGGAAAAUACUCUGAACAGGCGUAUACUGUACCUAUGUAUGAAUAUGAAAUGAAUAGAUAAAUGAAAAGAAUAUGAAAUGCAGUAGUGCCAGCUUUCAUGUGCGUAAUCUGUGUCGAAACACUUUUACAGCUUAAUGCAAUGUGUAAAACCCAGCUAACUGGAGGCAUGUGUUAGCAAUGUGCAGUCCCUAAUCACAGUCAUUCCCCUUCCUGCUUUUUAUGUACAGAUAAGUAGCAGUAGUUCUAACUAUAGUUCAAGUAAAUCAUUCAACAGGCUCUGGAGCUGAAGACAGGUUAGCUGUAUUCAUACAGCAUGCUAAGCUGCAAUGUGAUUUCUUUGGUUUUGGCUUAUGUGAACUGGGUCAUGGCCUGUUCAACAAACCAUGGCUAAAACAAUGAUUUCAUGCAAUGUAUGAACCUAGCAGUUCAGUUAAAGGAAAGCCUGCUUGCCUUUAACCAUGAAUAACAGUAGUACGAGUAAGCUGUUAAAGGGCGUAGGAGCACAGAAACAUAUGAGAUAGAGAAUGCGGGUGAGAUAGAGAAUACGUUACUACAGCUAUCUCUUUAUGUGUUAGCCAUAUCUAGUGUUACAUCAGCUUUCCUUAGAAUAAAACCUGAAUAUAAAUAUACCUGAAGUCACAUCUGUUCUUCUCAAUCUCACAGACAGGAAAGGGGUAAAUAAGUAACUUCAUUCUGGUAACUUACAUGUUAGACUGUAGAGGAAUCCCCAAGCAUUUCCUAAUUAGAUUAGUUUUCAACGAUGGCAUUAGGAACAUUUGAAAUGAUUAUUAGUCAAAUGCAAAUGAACAAAAAAACCUGCCCCCAAAUCCAAAUAGCAAAUCAGAUUUAAGCUUAUUAAGAUUGUCUGAGCCCCAACUGACAAUUGAGCAGAAAUAACAACUCUGGGGAUGAAUAAAAAUAGUUAAAUCUUCCCUUCUACAUCUUGACAGGUAACCCUUUCUCUUAGCUAUGGCUUGGCUGCAAAACGUAGGCUAUUUGGAGUUCAGCAGGGGGAAACAUGACGCAAAAGUGCCAGACUUCUGCUUAAUCUCUGAACUUGUCUGGAUCUGCAAAACUGCUCCCACCCUGUCUUUGAAAGGAGAAAAAUCAAAUCCCACCAGAAUUUGUCCAAAGUGUUCAUUCCUUGGUGCAGAUUGCUGAAAAUAGCCAGAGGGCAAAAUACAUUCAUUGUGUCACUUGAAGCCCCAAACGGUGUCCUGCGGAUGCAGUUCUGUGACAGCUAAAAGACCAUAAAAUGUUCAGGCUAAAUACCUUGAAAGUUUGGCAGCUCUAACAGAGGUAUUUUUUUUUUAA